AGAUAUCGCAGUUACGAGUAAUAGAUAUACAGUGUUAGUCGAGUCUUUAAAGGAAAAAAUCAAAGAGAGAGAGACUGAACUUGAUACUCUCUUCCUUUCAUCUCUCUCUCCCCCUCUUACCCUCUAAGGGUUGCUCCAUCUGGAGCUUGCGUUCAUGUUUUUUCGCUUCAUUUGUGGUGUAGCUAACCACUUUGAGCCAUAACCAGGGAACUAUCUUUUUACCCAACAAGAUAAAGCUGCUUACAGGAGCAAAAUUGAGACAUAUACUCCAGUAAAAACUCAAGAAAAAAUUGAAGAAAACCGUUGAAGAUCAGGUGCUUUACUGCAAAAAAAUGGCAGGUCCUUUGUCAGCUUGGCCUUGGGAGAACCUGGGCGUUUAUAAGUAUCUGCUAUACGGACCUCUUCUUGGUAAAGUCUUGUAUACAAGGACUCAAGAGGGUUCUUUCAAGGGUGAUUGGUGUCUCCAUAUUUUGAUUAUAUGUAUUGCUAGAGCUCUUCUUCAUCAACUGUGGAACAGUUUUGUCAACAUGCUUUUCCUAACACGUACUCGCCGGAUUAAUCGACAAGGCUAUGAUUUCAAGCAGAUAGACAAAGAGUGGGAUUGGGAUAAUUUCAUACUUCUUCAAGCUCUCAUUGCUUCCAUUUCAUGUUACAUCUACCCACCAUUUAUUGUAAAUGUUCCUCUAUGGAACACAAAAGGUUUUAUUACCAUUUUGACACUCCAUGUGGGAAUUUCAGAGCCCCUGUACUAUUGGGUUCACAGAUGCUUUCAUAAAGGUUAUCUCUUCACCCAGUACCAUUCAACCCACCAUUCUUCUCCAGUGUUGCAUCCUUAUACAGGUGCAAAUGCAACCUUUUUGGAGCAUCUUGCUCUAUCCACAGUCAUUGGAAUUCCAAUAAUUGGAUCUCAUAUGAUGGGAUACGGAUCAAGAAGCAUAAUUUAUGGGUAUCCCCUGGUGUUUGAUUUUCUUAGAUGCUUGGGGCAUAGCAAUGUGGAGGUUGUUCCUCUUCAAUUGUUUGAGACCCUUCCCUUUCUUAGAUAUCUUCUCUACACUCCAACAUACCACAGCCUGCACCAUACAGACACGGGCACCAAUUUCUGCCUCUUCAUGCCAUUCUUUGAUGCAAUAUGGAAGACACUUAAUAACAAGUCUUGGGAACUACACAGGAAAUUGAGCUCAGAUGCAGGAAAAGACAGGAGAACUAUACCUGAUUUCGUUUUCUUAGCACAUGUUGUGGAUGUAUCAUCUUCAAUACAUGCCCCUUUUGUCAUACGAUCGUAUGCUUCAUUGCCUUACCAGAUGAGGCUCUUUUUACUGUUUUGCUGGCCUUCGGCAUUUAUUGUUAUGCUUAUGAUGUGGGUCUGGUCUAAGACCUUCCUAGUCUCUUUCUAUAAUCUCAGAGGCAGGUUGCAUGAGACAUGGAGCGUUCCUAGAUUCGGCUUUCAGUAUUUCUUGCCAUUUGCUAAAGAGGGUAUCAACAAGCACAUAGAACAGGCCAUUCUCAGGGCUGAUAGGCUCGGGGUCAAGAUCAUUAGCCUUGCUGCAUUGAACAAGAAUGAAGCUCUGAAUGGAGGUGGUACACUGUUUGUGAACAAGCACCCAAACCUUAGAGUUCGAGUUGUCCAUGGAAAUACCUUAACUGCUGCAGUUAUUCUCAAUGAAAUCCCUGAGGAUGUGAAAGAAGUGUUUUUAACAGGAGCGACUUCCAAACUUGGAAGAGCUAUUGCCCUCUACCUCAGCCAAAGGAGAGUAAGAGUCCUAAUGCUGACUUCAUCAACAGAAAGAUUUGAAAAAAUUCAGAAAGAGGCCCCACUCGAAUAUCAAAGUUAUUUUGUCCAAGUGACAAAGUAUCAGGCUGCUCGUAGUUGCAAGACCUGGAUCGUGGGAAAGUGGAUCACACCAAGGGAGCAAAGUUGGGCUCCAACAGGAACACAUUUCCAUCAAUUUGUGGUGCCCCCCAUUUUUUCCUUCAGAAGAGACUGCACUUAUGGUGAUCUUGCAGCCAUGAGACUACCUGACGAUGUUCAAGGGCUUGGAAACUGCGAGUAUACCAUGGACAGAGGAGUAGUCCACGCAUGCCAUGCAGGUGGUGUGGUUCACCUGCUAGAAGGCUGGACUCACCAUGAAGUUGGGGCACUUGAUGUCGACAGAAUCGACGUGGUUUGGAAUGCUGCAUUAAAGCAUGGCUUGAAACCAGUCUCAAACUCCAUCAAACAAAACUCCAUGUGAAUGCCUUGUUAUGAAGAAACCAAGGAUUUAGAGACAUAAAUGGUUUUAAGCUGCAAUUCAUAGGCGAUAUAUAUUUUGUCAUCUGUACUUCCAAAAUCCGAUCUGCAUGUUAAUGAAUGGAGCAGAAGUUACCGCUUUUAUUUUAUUUCUGUUGUCAUGAAAUUCUAAAUAGUAAUUAAAGAUGUUCUGGAUAUAAUAAAUAUUCAAAUUUUUA